AUGUCCAAGGGUACAGUUUUAUUGACAGGUGCUUCAGGUUUUAUAGCCCAGCAUAUUGUUUUAAGAUUAUUGAAUGAAAAUUAUAAAGUCAUUGGUACAGUUAGAUCUGAAUCCACCCGUGAAAAGAUUGAUAAUCUAUUCAAGAAUGAAAAUUUAGUGUUAGAGAUUGUUCCCGAUAUCUCUAAUUUGAAUGCAUUUGAUGAAGUUUUGGCUAAAUACAGCAACAAAAUUGAUUAUGUUUUACACACAGCUUCUCCUUUCACAUUCAAUGUUAAUGAUUAUGAGAAAGAUUUAUUGAUUCCCGCUUUAAACGGUACCAAAUCUAUUCUAAAUGCUAUCAAGGAGCAUUCGGUCGAGAGUGUUAAACGUGUUAUCAUUACCUCUUCUUAUGCUGCUAUUACUACCGUUGGAAAAGAUGGUGAUGCUAACGUAACAUUUAACGAACAUACGUGGAACCCAGCCACCUGGGAAAGUUGUCAAUCAGAUCCAGUCUCGGCUUAUUGUGGCAGCAAAACUUUUGCUGAAAAAGUUGCUUGGGACUUUGUCAAGAAAAACGCUGGUUCAAUUAAUUUCACUUUAACCACUGUUAAUCCGGUUAUCGUUUUUGGUCCUCAAUUAUUUGAUGCUUCUGUUGGUAAAAAUCUAAACACCUCAUGCGAGUUGAUUAACGACAUCGUUAAUUACAAGGAAGGCGUUACACAAUUUGAUCCAGACUAUUUUUUUUCUUUUGUUGAUGUUCGUGAUGUUAGCAAAGCACAUGUUUUGGCUUUGGAAAAAAAGGAAGCUAUCGGAAAGAGAUUAUUUUUGAUUGCUGAAAGAUUUUCCAAUAUAGAAUUGUGUAAUAUUAUUGCUAAAAAAUUCCCUCAAUUGAAAAAUAAAAUGCCCAGAAAUGUGGAUUUUGAAAACAAUGACGGUAAAGCGCUUUACUCCAAGGCAGCUUACCUGGAUAACUCUGAAACCAAAAAAAUUCUUGGUUUUGAAUUUAUCACUUUGGAAAAAUCUAUUGAUGACACAGUAGAGCAAUUAUUAAGAGUGAAUAAAUGA